AUGAAUAAAAGUUCUUAUGAUCUUUUGGAUUAGGUGAUUUAGAGACAAAAAUAAGAAUUUUUAAAAUUACAAAAUUAUUAAUAAGAGUAGUAAAUUUUUCUUGUCGAUGAAAAUAAAUAACUUAAAUAUAAUUGCAUCAGAUAGAAAUUGAGUUAUAGAAUGUGAAAUUCAAAGACAUCUAAUCAAUCAAAAAUUAAACUGCUUCUUAAGAAUUAAAAUUCAACAUUUAUAUAAAACAAUAUAAGAGAAAGAGAUUAAAACAAAUUAAAAGAAAAAAGAAUAAUAUCGUCAAUUAUUAUUUUAUGACAAAUAUGUAAAAACCUUGUAAAAUAGAAUCAAUCACUUGGAGUACCAAAUUAAACAAUAUUAAGAAAAAGAAUAAAUAAAGUGAAUCAACUGUUACUUUCUAUUUACUAAAGGAAAUUUAGUAAUUGUAUGAAUACAAUAUAAAAUUGACAAUUUCUUACAAAAUAGCAUAUAUAAAAAUAAUAACUAAUAAAUGA